AUGUUAGCCAACAGUGAUAAAGUUUCAGAGGUCCUGAAAGAGUCUACUCAUCAGUUCAACCUGCUUACUUCACCCACUUUCCUACCAAAGGUCAAGGAUCAAGGGAAAUUCACUCUCCCUUGCACACUUGGGCAUCUUGAGAUUGACAAUGCCUUAGUGGAUUCUGGAGCAAGCAUCAAUCUGAUCUCUCUCUCCAUGGCAGAGAAGCUAGGCAUUGCUGGAGCCUUGCAGCGCCCUACUACUUCAAUCAUGUUUGGAGAUGCAACUUCUAAGUCUCCUCUUGGAGUGUUCAAGAACUAUCACUUGAAAAUUGGAGAAUGCAUCAUCCAAACUGAUCUCACUGUGAUGGAAAUGGAAGAAGAGAAGGAUUACCUUGUUAUUGGGAACCCCUUUCCUUAUACCACUCUCAGUUCUAAGAGUCAUGGAGCUACAAAGGUUGUGAAGGAAAGGGUUGACAAGAACCAAGAGUUGGGAAGGAUAAGGAUGAGAGAGGACCAAGGAUUGAGAAGCCACGUCUUGAGAGGGCUAGAGUUGAGAAACCACGAUCUGAUAGGCCAAGAGCUGAGAGACUUGUUCAAGCCCCUUGUGUGCUUGAUGAAGAGAGCCUUCAAGCUUUGUUUGAUGAGCCACUAG